CACUAAGUGGGGCACCUCACUAAGAAGCCAACAAAUAUUAGUGGGUCGUUGUAGGAAUUGUGCAAGACAUGUCCUACUUUGCUCAUAGUGGUGAUUUAGUGAAUCUAAAUGUAGGGGGUCAGAGAUUUUCAACUUCGCGUCAAACAUUAACAUGGAUACCGGAUACAUUUUUUACGGCACUCUUAAGUGGUCGAAUUUCAAGUUUAAAAGAUGAAACUGGUGCAAUAUUCAUUGAUCGCGAUCCAGCGCUCUUUUCGAUCAUUUUAAAUUAUUUACGUACCAAGGAGAUCGAUGUUAAGAAUUGUGAAAUUCGAGCACUGCGUCAUGAAACGGAAUACUAUGGUUUGACACCGUUGGUUAAACGUUUGGCUUUGUGUGAAGAUUUAAAUCAUUCGUCGUGUGGAGAUGUAUUGUUUUAUGGAUUCUUGCCAGCACCACCAAUACCACCAAAUGAUAAUAUAAUUAUUAAUCCGCAGCAACAGCAGAAUGUUGCACCACCACCACCAGCAGCAGCAACAGCUGGCACAGGCCACGAUAAUUCAAAUUCUUCUCGAAUUAGUGCAGCAACUACAGCAGCCGCAGCAGCACCUCCACCACCCGUACCCCUAGAACCAUGCUUGCCAUCAACCUCUGCUGCUGCAGCAUCAUCAUCGACAAGUGGUAAUGCUAGACCUGGUUCCAUGGUACGUGUACCAGAACCCUCUAACGUUGUCUCGAAUCGUCAUUCUUCUCAUUCUCGUAAUUCAUCAUGGGAUUUGCGUGUGGGUCGCGGCAAUUCAGCUGCCCCCGACAAUCGUUGUUGGCCAUCGACAACACGUGGUGAACACUCUCGAAAUCCUUCUCUCGACUUUAUGCGUCAUUCUCGAAACUCUUCGGCUGAUUUGAAUAAACUCAUACGCAACGAUGUUGGUUUGGUAUUUUCACCAACACUCACAUCGAAUUGGGUCGAUCCACUUCGAGUGCAAAUUAUUAAGGCCCAUCAAAAUUGGUUUGCCGUAGCCUAUGCUCAUUUUGUGGCCUGUUAUCGGGUCAAAGAUUCGAAUGGUUGGCAAUUGGUUUUCACCUCACCGUAUAUUGAUUCGACCAUUGAGCGAAUUGCCAUAAAUUCCAAAGUUAAUAUGUCCACCGGUGAGGCAAUUCCCAGUAAAAUGAUAGCCAUUUCGUAUGGCAGUCAAAUACGUUUGUGGAGUAUCCAAGAGGGUGGUGACAAAACGGAUAUUGGAACAUUUAAUUUAAAUGUACGCGUAGAACAUUUAUUUUUCAUUGGCAGUCAGUUGGUAGCAUUGUCUUCAUCAUCUUCUGGCAAGAUUGGUGUCUGGCAUGCCAUGACACAGCAUUGGCAAAUUCAGGAUUUAGUACCGGUUUUGUCAUUCGAUUCUGCGGGGUCUUUUCUUUUGUUGGGUUGCAAUAAUGGUUCGAUUUAUUAUAUAGAUAUGCAAAAGUUCCCCUUGCGCAUGAAAGAUAAUGAUCUGUUGGUAACGGAAUUGUAUAAAGAUCCAAAUUUGGAUCCAAUCACAGCCAUAUCAGUAUAUUUAACACCGAAGACAUCAAGCAUCAGUGGUAAUUGGAUUGAAAUUGCCUAUGGUACUAAAAGUGGUGCAGUUCGCAUAAUUGUACAACAUCCCGAAACGGCUGGACAUGGUCCUCAUUUAUUCGAAACCUUCACGGUCCAUCAGAGUCCAGUGACAAAAGUUAUGCUCUCCGAAAAGUAUUUAGUUUCUGUGUGUAGUGAAUAUCAUCAUGUUCGAACAUGGAGCCUAACACGAUUUCGUGGUAUGUUAUCGACCCAGCCGGGUUCUACCCCGGAGGCAUCAUUUAAAAUUGUAUCACUCGAUGCAACGGAAACCAAUUAUAGCUAUGUGGCGGGUAACGACUUCGGACCCUAUGGCGAUUAUGAUGAACAGAUUUUUGUACAGAAAGUUGUACCGGAAACCGAUCAAUUAUACGUUCGUUUGGCUUCGAACGGUGAUCGUGUUUGUGUUAUUAAAUCGGUUGAUGGUUCAUCGAUUACAUCGUUCUGCGUACACGAAUGUGAAGUAUCGUCACGCAUGGGUUCACGUUUCAUACUGACCGGCCACUGUAAUGGCAACAUACAAAUGUGGGAUCUCACAACGGCGCUGGCGUUGUUUUUCAAAAAGGACGAAAACCACCACCAGAAGCAGAAAAUCAAUGGCGGACCCGACACCAACGAGCUACUCCGCCUACUUGACCAAUGUGAGAUCAGUAAUAGCCUCUGCUCAACGCCUUGUAUGUCACCAUGUCUCUCAGCUCUGGCAGGCAUGGCACACAACAACACUAUAGCACGUAUGAAAGCCAGUAAUUUGGCCCUACUCAAUCAGUCGCUACAGCAGCAACAACCGGCGGGAUCAGCAUCGACAGCAAAUGCGGGAGCAUCUACAUCGUCGACAUUAUCGUCAGUGCAACAUGUUCCGCAGCAGCAUCAACAGCCGGGAUGUUCGUCGGGGCAAUUGCGUGGCGGCAAUGUCAGUGAAUGA